AACGUUUCGGCUGAAUCCACGCAGAUUUCUGUAACAUUUCUAACUGAUGCUGCACCUGCUCGGCCGACAACAAGAAACUAAAGGAUAUUAUUAUGCGGUGGAAAUCCUCGUUUGCGAAGAAAGUGCUUUUUGUGGUGGUUUUCUCCCAAAAAGAUGAACUGCUUCAAUCGGAGGUUUAGACGCACAGCUCCUGCACAUGGCAGCAGCAAAAGUGAGCUGGUCCCUUCCAAGACCCCAAGGAUCAACGGAUGGUCGUGGCCCCUUCAGCCCUUGCAAGUGGUUGGGUGGCUGGUGCUCAUUUACCUCACCGUAGUCACCUUUGGGGUUUUUAUCCCUCUCCUGCCUCGGCCUUGGAACACCGUGAGCUAUGCUAUUUCUGGCAUAUCAUUUUUAUUUCAUUUUUUCACCAACAUUGCUACUGUGACUAUAGAUCCAGCAGAUGUGAGCGUUCGGGCAAAAAAGAACUAUUCCACCCCUUUGCCUCUUUUUGACCGGGCAAAACAAGCGCAUGUCAUCCAGAACCUUCACUGUUACCUCUGUGAUGUCAAGGUUGGCCCCGAAGUGAAACAUUGUGGAGUUUGCAACAAAUGCGUGGAAGGCUUUGACCAUCAUUGCAAAUGGCUGAACACCUGCGUGGGUCGGAGGAACUACAGGUUCUUUUUGGGGGCACUCGUCUCUGCCAUCCUAUCAGUCCUUAUACUUAUCGUUGUCAUCUUGUUCAUAUUUGUUCAACAUUACCUGGAUCCGCACAUCUUACGGUCUGCACCACAGUUUGACACAAUGCUGGCGAAUACAACAUGGCUGCUGUUUUUACCAUUAGCUCCGGUAAAGACAAGUUCAGCUGGUCUCCUGACAUUAGCCUUCAUAACAGUCUUGCUCUGCACCAUCUGUCUGAUGCUUCUCAGCCAUUUGCUGGGAUUUCACCUUUACCUGUUUUAUAAAGGCAUAAGCACGUAUGAAUACGUCAAGAGAAGUCGACAGCAAGAAGCCAGAAAACGAGAUUCUGAAGCUAAACAUUCCUGCUCUUCAAAACCUCAUAGCAGCGCUCAAACGAGCCCAGAAGGAUCACAUCAUUGUGAGCCAACGUUAUCAGAGAGUCCAAGUUUCUUCAGAUUUACCAACACAAGUCCACUCUCCAGCAGACUGUCAGACUCUAUAUGUACAGAAGUAACGCUGGAAAACUUUAAGAAGUCUGCAGAAAAAGAGAACAAUUUUAACUAUGGGACAGAAAAUCCCAUGCAGAGUGAAACAAGGGCAAUUUCCAUGAGUGUCAUCACAAGCUGGAAGCUUGACAAUAACGAUGAAGAUCAAGGAACCAGUGAGAAAUCCAUUCCUGUGGCACAGGACCCCCUGGGCAGCUCAGUUAUGACCCCGGAUCCUUCCUAACAGUGACUGACGCCUGAAAAGAGAUGGAUCUGGUACUGUCGGGAACAAGUGACAGCUCGGGUCAGAAUUAUUGGCUUGUGAGCACUGUAAACCUAGUUAGUUAAUUAUCUUCAGAAAUAAUUGCAGCUAGAUUGAUUUGGUAGAAGUAUGAUAGAAAAAACCAUGCAUUCAAAUCAUUGUGAUGCACAAAUCACAAUGAAUCAAGUGCAGAACUUCUGAUACAAAAGUCUUACUUGUAGACCUCAAGAGUACCUCAGCAGUUCUACCUCAGCUUCUAAAGAAGAUAAUCUACUAAUGUGUUUAACUUUAGUAGUGCAGUCUUGCACUUUUACUUCUGUGGGUAGAUGUAUCCGCUUUGGCCUUUAAAUGCCUCUCUGGCCUUUUUGGUUCUCUGUGCAGUGCAGGCUAUGGACCAAACCAUCAGUCCAAAUUUCUCCAGCAGUUUCUUUUUUCUUCUAUCGUCACCACUUAACCUAACAUCCAAAGCUAUUUGUACAAUUAAAUCGACAUCCAUGUGAAUCAGAUGACUCGUUGUGUUUUUAUACAAGUCUUGAUUAACCUAAAUGGUGAAGUAAAGUUAUAACUUCUGUUUGUGUUUUUGUUGCUUUUUAUGAUUUUUGAAAUGUUUUGUCCAGGUUUUUGUAUUUUCAACAAAAUGGGUUAAAUUAUUCUGUUUCAGAAGGUUUUCAAAGAUAAAGGGUCACAUUUUAAAGGGUGCCAGUAAUUCUAACCAGUACUGUGUUUUGAAAAUAUCUUUAAUAAAACUGGAACACCAUGUUUUUUUUCUGCAUAUAGAUGAAGGAUGUUUUGGAUCUUCAACCACGGUUUCACACGUUCUUGAACAGUUUGGAUAUAAGGGGGAUUUUUUUAAACCCUAAAGCGAUCUUUUGUAUGAAUGGUUGUGUAUUUUUUUAUUUCUUUUAGUUUCUUUUACUUGCAUUAUGUGAUUUUUUUCUUUCACUUUAAUUAAAAUAUGUAAAGCUUU